GAUAAUCCCUGAAGGCAACGGUCGCUGUAUGAACGGCGCGUGCGCAGUGCCCUCUGUGUCUAGACUCGGUGGACUGUUCUUCCGCCGCCAUCCUCCAUCCACAUAGAAACACAGAAACACAAACCUGCAGUGAAAACAUGAGCUUUACAGUAGAAGAGAGGGGAAACCCGAACUCUCUGAGCUACCGCCUGUUCUUCAAAAACGCUGAUGGAAACUAUAUCUCUCCAUUCCAUGACAUACCAAUGUGCGCUGAUGAGGCCCAGAACAUCUUUCACAUGGUUGUUGAGGUUCCAAGAUGGACAAAUGCAAAGAUGGAGAUUGCUACAAAAGACCUCUUAAACCCAAUCAAGCAAGAUGUGAAGAAAGGAAAGUUGCGGUAUGUUGCCAAUGUUUUCCCACACAAGGGUUACAUAUGGAACUAUGGAGCCAUUCCUCAGACGUGGGAAGAUCCAGCACACAAAGAUGGAGACACUGGCUGCUGUGGCGACAAUGACCCCAUCGAUGUCUGUGAAAUCGGCAGCAGGGUGUGUUCCCGUGGCGAGGUCAUCAAAGUGAAGGCACUUGGGAUUUUGGCCAUGAUUGACGAGGGUGAGACUGACUGGAAAGUGAUCGCAAUCAACGUAGACGACCCUGAAGCCAAGGACCUGAACAGCAUCAGCGACGUGGAGCGUCUGAAGCCUGGUUAUCUGGAGUCCACCGUCGACUGGUUCAGGAGGUACAAAGUGCCUGAUGGGAAACCAGAGAACCAGUUCGCCUUCAAUGGGGAGUUUAAAGACAAGGACUUUGCCAUUGAGGUAAUUAGCACCCACACCUUCUGGAAGGCCCUGAUUUCCCAAAAGUCCAGUGCUGGUGAACUGAACUGUAAAAACACAUGUGUGUCGGCUGCUGACAGUCCUUACUGCUGCUCAUCAGACGAGGCCAAGGCUGCUGUCGGUCAAACAUGUCCAUGUGGAAAAGAAGAAGCUAUCCCUUCAUCAGUAGAUCAAUGGUUCUACUAUGAGAGGAAGUAAUCCAUGUGCCGUUUGGAUCAGAGAAAAGUGAAAGACUCAUCUCUGAAGUCAAACCAGACGACCUUACUUUGGAACCAAUGGGACAGUAGGAUGGGAAAUAAUCAGCUGGGUUUCACUCGGCUGUUCUCCUGUAGAUGGCAAAAUACUGUAGAGCGAUUAGUGGUAGAUCCUGUAGAGGAAGAGGAAAAGUCACAAAGUACUCAUGUCUCGACCAAUGAAUUUUCGUUUAUUUAACAAAGGUCUCUUUAGAGAUGUGCUGUCACAAACGGAAGGUGUUUUGUGCCCUGUAUGAGACUCAGAACUGCUUUAAUAAAGCUUCUCUGGUUAAAUUAUCA